CAAACCAAAAGCCAAAAAAUCCUUCUCUUUUUUUCUACAUACCGUUACUCUCCUCUGUACAAAUAAAUUUACAACAACAUUUUGUCACUGAAAACAAGAAAAAAAUAACCAAACCCCAAAAACUAGAUGUUAAAGGAGGAUAAUUUUUUAGAGUCUUCGAGAUCUAAUAAAGACAGAGAGAGAAGGAAAAUGCAAGGACAUAACAGAGCAGCGAUGCCAAAGCGGAUAAUCCUGAUGCGCCACGGCGAGUCCCAAGGCAAUCUGGACGAUUCAGCCUACACAACCACCCCGGACUACAAAAUACCAUUAACCCAACAAGGCAUUGCCCAAGCACAACUCGCCGGCGACCGCCUCCGCCAAGUCGUCUCCGACACCGACUCCCCAAACUGGCAGGUCUACUUCUACGUCUCCCCCUACGAACGGACCCGGUCGACGCUGCGAGAGAUCGGGAGGUCGUUCUCGAAGAACCGUAUAAUCGGGGUACGGGAGGAGUGUCGGGUACGUGAGCAGGACUUCGGGAACUUCCAGGUGGAGGAGAGAAUGAAGGUGAUCAAGCAGACCAGGGAGAGGUUCGGAAGGUUCUUCUAUCGCUUCCCUGAGGGUGAGUCCGCUGCUGAUGUUUACGACCGCGUUUCCAGUUUUCUUGAAUCGCUAUGGAGGGACAUAGACAUGCAAAGACUUCACCAAGAUCCUUCAAAUGACCUGAAUCUUAUAAUUUUGUCGCAUGGACUGACCUCACGAGUCUUCCUCAUGAAGUGGUUUAAGUGGACAGUUGAGCAAUUCGAGUUAUUAAACAAUUUUGGGAAUUGUGAGUUCCGAGUAAUGGAGUUGGGACAAGGUGGAGAAUACAGCUUAGCUAUUCAUCACACAGAGGAAGAACUUACAGAAUGGGGUCUCUCCCCUGAAAUGAUAGCUGACCAAAAAUGGCGAGCCUGUGCCAAGAGGGGUGAUUGGAACGAGAAGUGCCCGUGGUACCUUGAUGGUUUUUUUGACCAUUUCGCUCACUCAGAUGAGAAUGUAGAUAAUGAUGAUGACGACUGUCAAAUACCAAAUUGAUUCUGUAGUUGGUCUCCAAAAAAUUUAUUCUUUUAGUGAUGCAGCACCAUAGACUAUUGGGAAACAUUAGGCUGGAAAUUCUUUUGAUUUCGUUUGUACUUGAUUGUAGUGUUAGAGUAACUUCAAAUGUCUAUAGUAACUUCCAAACAGCAUGAAUGAGAGAAUCUUCAACUUCAGGUUGUUGUUAAA